AUUUAACCACGUCACUUCCGCAUACGCCAAUCGCCUAUUUUGACCCUUCGCGGCAGCUGUCGCUGGCCGGAACCUGUAAGCUAGUUUGUUUUGACUUUUGACUAAAAGGCUUUCAGCCCCGAAGUGGAGUUAAAAGCUGUGGCAUCAUGUCUGACAAAACUGAGCUGAAAGCAGAACUCGAAAGGAAGAAGCAGCGUUUGGCUCAAAUCCGAGAGGAGAAGAAAAGAAAGGAGGAGGAGCGCAAAAAGAAAGAGGCAGAACAGCUGAAAGAUGCCGCCAUUCACCAUGACGACACUGACUUGGAGAAGAAGAGGCGGGAAGCUGAUGCUCUGCUACAAAGUAUUGGCAUAACAUCAGAUGUCCCUGUUGUCCACCCUCCCCUGUCUCCAACUGCCAAAUCGGCGGACACACCAAGUGAGACAGGGAGCCAGGACUCUGAUGGACCUGUGGGACCAAGGACUCUGCAUUGGGACUCUGACCCGUCCACUCUUCAACUUCACUUUGAGUCUGAGCUGGGGUACUGGACACUCUCUUCUCUCCUUUCCUGGUCAUUUUCCCUUUCUCAAUCUAUGGCAUGUUUACUUGUCAUGACUCAAUUAAUCCACUUCAAAAAGUUAAGUUGCAUGCGCAACAGGUGUGAUUAUUUGAACAUUGGCUGUAAAGCUAAUCAGAGGAGUUUGGCAUCCCAUUUAACUAUCAUUUACAUGUUUUGGUCUGCACAAGAUUCCUCUAGUAAGGAGGUGAGGAUUUUUUUUCAUAUUGUUGAAUUGUUUUUUGCCGUGUAUGAAUUGGUCUGUGCUUUUAGGCGUGGAACUCCUAGACUGGGAAUGGCCAAAGUUACUCAGGUGGACUUCCCACCACGAGAGACUGUCUCUUAUACAAGAGAGACCCAGACACCCGUCGUGACACAGCCAAAAGAAGAUGAGGAAGAAGAGGAAGAAGUUACUCCCCCUCAGCCAGUAGUCGAGAUUCAAAUUGAGAAGCCUGACCAAAAAGAGGAGGAGGAAGUAAUCCUCCACGAGUUGACAGAGGAGGAGAAACUCCAGAUUCUGCACUCGGACGAUUUUGUGAAUUUCUUCGACCACAGCACUCGCAUCAUUGAGAGGGCUUUGUCAGAGCACGUUGACCUUUUCUUUGAUUACAGUGGCCGCGACCUGGAGGAAAAAGAGGGUGAAAUCCAGGCAGGGGCAAAACUUUCACUCAACAGACAAUUCACAGACGAGCGCUGGUCCAAGUAUCGUAUUGUCACCUGCCUCGACUGGUCCCCUCAGUAUCCCGAACUGCUGGUUGCCUCCUACAACAACAAUGUGGACGUGCCUCACGACCCAGACGGCGUGGCUUUGGUGUGGAACAUGAAAUACAAGAAAACCACACCGGAGUAUGUGUUUCACUGUCAGUCAGCCGUUAUGUCUGCUGCAUUCGCCAAGUUCCACCCAAACGUUGUGGUUGGGGGCACAUACUCGGGCCAAAUUGUCCUGUGGGACAACAGGAGUAAUAAAAGGACCCCGGUACAGAGGACUCCCCUGUCUGCAGCGGCACAUACGCAUCCAGUCUACUGCGUCAAUGUGGUUGGAACCCAGAAUGCCAACAACCUGAUCAGCAUCUCCACUGAUGGCAAGAUGUGCUCCUGGAGCCUGGACAUGCUCUCUCAGCCACAGGACAGCAUGGAGCUGGUGUUCAAGCAGUCCAAAGCUGUAGCCGUCACCUCCAUGUCCUUCCCUCUCGGAGACGUCAACAAUUUUGUGGUGGGCAGCGAGGACGGCUCCGUCUACACGUCUUGCCGCCACGGAAGCAAAGCGGGCAUCAGUGAGAUGUUCGAGGGUCACCACGGGCCAAUCACAGGCAUCGACUGCCACACAGCCGCCGGGCCGCUGGACAUCUCCCAUCUGUUCGUCACCUCCUCUUUCGACUGGACGGUCAAACUGUGGAGCACCAAGAACAACAAACCGCUCUACUCAUUCGAGGAUAACUCGGACUAUGUGUACGAUGUCAUGUGGUCGCCCACUCACCCGGCUCUGUUUGCCUGCGUGGACGGCGUUGGACACCUCGAUCUGUGGAACCUCAACAACGACACCGAGGUCCCGACAGCCAGCGUGACGGUGGACGGGAACCCGGCCCUCAACCGGAUCCGAUGGGCUCAGUCCGGAAGAGAAAUCGCGGUGGGAGACUCCGAUGGCCAAGUUCUGGUCUAUGAAGUUGGAGAGCAAAUCGCCGCUCCGCGAAAUGACGAGUGGAGCCGCUUUGUCCGCACGCUGGCCGAGAUCAACGAGAACCAAGACGACGCGGAGGAGCUGGCCACUCAACGCCUGGGGAUCUGAAGCGGCGUCCGGGAUGGUUUUUGGGACCACCGGUGGGCUCGUUGGUGCGACACGACGCCUGCUCUGAUGACAGCUGGAAACACCAGACCACAGGUUUCUUCUGCAGUCGGCUGAUAAUGUCUGCCUUCUAGAAAGGCCACACUCAAACCAGAUGCCUUAAACAUUUAACUUCAACUUGAUUUCGCCUUAAGUACAACUUCCUCCAGCCAAAUAUUUUGUCUUUCUUUGCAUGACAUGUUUUUAAUUGCUCCUCCUUCACGUCACUGAAGCAAUCACAGAUUUAUACCUCCUAGAAUGUAAACACUUCAGAACUGUCGGCAUCCUUUUCACAUCUUCUGACAUCAUGUCCUCAUCUAUGCUGUGAACACUCAGAGAUCUAUAAAGUAAGUUGAUAAUA